GAUCAGUAAGAUAGUGUAUCCGGUAUGUAUCGCGUGGACUAACCCACAAUGCUGAAUGCAGCGUGGCUGGAGCCACACCGAUAAGCUGGCUAUCUGGGAAUAUACGGUCAAAAUAUGCGCCGCGGUGUGCUGGUCCGAGAUUAAGGUACCGGAUCACAACAGAGUGGAUGUGGUAUGAUUCACUCCCGAAUAGACUACUAUAUAUAUGACGACCACCAAUGAAUUGAUCCAGGAUUCUAUACUUUUGUUAUCACCCAUUAUCUCUAUUGCAUUGAGCACAACAUGAUCUCAACCGCCAAAUCCGACCCUAUCGCCAUCAUCGGCGCAGGCGUCUUUGGCCUCGCCUCGGCUCUCCACCUCUCCAGCAAUGGCUUCACCAAUAUCUCUGUCUUUGAGAAAGACACCCAAGUCCCUGCCCGCUAUUCCGCUGGCCACGAUAUCAACAAGAUCGUGCGCGCAGAAUACGAAGACCCAUGGUACACCGAACUAACCCUUCAAGCCAUCGAAGGCUGGAAAACCCCCCUCUACGCCCCUCACUACCACCAAACCGGCUUCCUACACCUCGUGUCCGGCACCGCCCCCGAGAAAGCCUCCCAAACCAUGAACCGCUUCCUCGCCUCGAUCCGCACCCACCCAACCUACAAAGGCAAACUCACCACCAUCACGUCCCCCACCGACAUCCGCAACAUCGCCUGGCAACUCACCGGCCCCCUCCCGGGCUGGAACGGCUACUUCAACCAACUGGCCGGCUACGCCCACUCGGCCAACGCCCUCCGCGCCGUCUACGAAGCCUGCGCCGCCCGAGGCGUGAAAUUCUUCCUAGGCGACCAAAUCGGCAAAGUCACCGAGCUGGUCUACACCAACUCCACCAAGAACCAAGUCACCGGCGUCCGCACCAGCAACGGCCACCUCCACCCAUGCCGGCUCGCCAUCGUCGCCAUCGGCGCCGCGGCGGCGACCCUCAUCCCCGAAGCCGGGAACCAAGUGGUCGCGAAAUCCUGGUCCCUGGGCCACGUGAAACUCACCGACGACGAGACCUCCAAGCUGCGCGGCAUCCCGGUAACCUACGCGCGAGAUCUAGGCUUCUUCUUCGAACCGGAUCCGAAAACCAAUCUCCUCAAGAUCUGCCCCAUGGGCGGCGGGUACAUCAACACGGACCCUGCAUCCGGAAUCUCCUACCCGCCUGCGACGUUACAGGAAAGCGAGAACGUGUUGCCGGCGGAGGACGAGAAGCGGAUGAGACGGUUAUUGCGGGAGACGUUGCCGGAGUUAGCGGAUCGGCCGUUCGUCGAGAAGAAGUUGUGUUGGUUUGCGGAUACGAGUGAUUCGGAGUUUAUUGUGGAUUUUGUGCCCCGGUCGGAGGGGUCGGUGGUGCUCUUGUCGGGGGAUUCGGGGCAUUUGUUUAAGAUGUUGCCCGUUGUGGGGGAUUGGGUGUUUCGGUUGUUGAGGGAGGGGAGGCAGGGGGUUGAGAGGUGGAGGUGGAAGGGGGGCGUGCAGAAAAGGGGGAAGUGGGAGGGGGAUGUGAGUUGGCGGUUGGGGGAGACGAGGGAGUUUGAGGAGGUGAGGUUGGUGGCGGGGCCGAAGUUGUAA